AUGAGCCUGCGACCGCAGUUUAGUACCCGCUCGCCUUCUCAUGAUACCUUUCGGAGCGGUGCCGCCUCGCCGCGCGUCGAACAUUUCGAUGGAGAAAUUCCACCCGCACUAUCCCCGCUCGAUGCGUUCGCAUUUCAAGGGCGGCUUUUGGCCCGCCAGCUGGAGGACUCGGCGCGAAGAGAUAGACGCAUGAGUCGCUUGCCCCCGGCCAGCGUUGCACGAUCGUUGUCCCGGCCUCGACCCGGCUAUUUUCGAUCCCAGUCGUCCAACGACGUUGCGCAGAAGCCUGAAGGAGGGCUGGCGAGACAACCAACCCAGAAAGCUCGCCCGGAGCCAGAAGAACCUCGGUUCCGCCCUCAAUCAGAGCACCCGCGUCUAAGCGGCAUAUCCCAUCUCGCAAGUGAGCAAAGCUACUCAGGUGACGAGGAUGAUGAGACGCCAAAGGACGAAGUCCGAUCCCCUGUUGUCGACAAUGAAGGGUUCCGGUUUGAUGCAGUGCGCGCCGAGUCCCCAGAGGAGGAUACUGGGAUACGUGCCUCAUCGGAAACCCCGCGCCGGUUCUAUGCCGCGUCCCCUACGGGAUUCGCGGGCCCUGGCCCGACCAAGGCCUCUUCAACUGACUCGAUCUCUUCUCGACUGAAUGUUAAUCGCGGCCGUGGUCUAGCGCCUCCUGCUUCGCCUAUGCUUCGGCCGUCGAGCAGUCCUCGCCUCCAGCAACAGGAAAGUUCCGACGAUGACUACAGCAGCUCUAACGCUGGUUCAACUUUUUCGACUACGCGCAAGUUGUCUUCCGCUAGCGCUAUGUCUAUGCCGCAUUCGCCCAUGCCUUCAAUGGCUCGUUCUCUUGCUCGAUCACCAUCCAUAAGCUCCGAGGCUUCAAAUUCCAGCCAUCUUCCUCGGCCCUCGUUCAAUUUCUCACGCCCUCUAAGCAGAUCCAGCACUAGUCUUUCUGCACCAAUUGGACUUGGAGUCUCGGACCAGCAGGGCAUGAUGAAUCGCAGCAAUAAGCCUGGCCCUAUUGUUGUCCCGGGGCCUUCGGACAUGCCCGCUAUGCCAGGUGACGAGCCUUUGUCAGCAGUGUCUUCAUACAUAUACGCUAAGUAUGCGCUCCCACGCGGACGUGGAGUGCCUAGGGAUUCCGUUGUUUUCUCUGGCCUGCAGACACCGCAUUUCGAAUGGCAGGAACCUCUAUUCGAAAGUCCGGAGCAGCAGCGACCAAAGACCGCCGAACCCCAGGCGUCUGCGAGAGUACCUUCUCCCUCACCGUCCCGUCAAGAGUCGCCUGCCCCACAGAACGCGAGUUCGGUAUAUGAGGCUCCGGCGGUGGACGAGAAGCUCCUGACACCGGUGGUAUCCAGAUCAUCUGCCAAGACUUCGCCAAUACCCGAUAAGCCUGAACCUGAGAAUGUCUCGCCUCGGGCACAGAGUUCAGAAACGUCUAGAAAUGACGACGUGUCGGAGACAGUCUCUUCUGCAGACUCUGCUUCCACACUACGCCCACAGACCGCGAAGACAGCCGUGCCCUCUGCCACAAUAACCGCUGAAGAACACGUUGCAAAAGGCAUUCAACUUCACGAGAAGGGGUCCUUGAACGAGUCUACUUAUCACCUACGAGUUGCGGCAAAACAAGAUCACCCCGUCGCAAUGUUGCUGUACGCUCUGGCUUGUCGACAUGGCUGGGGCAUGCGGCCGAAUCAACAGGAGGGCGUGCGAUGGCUGCGCAAGGCUAUGGAUUCCGUCGGCCUAGAGCUGUCUGGCGACUCUGACCCAACAGUGUCAGCUAAGUCAAAGGAACUGCAGAAGCAAUAUCGGGCCCAGUUUGCUUUGAGCGUCUAUGAGCUUGGUGUAAGCCACCUGAACGGAUGGGGGGUCGAACAAGAUAAAGCUCUCGCCUUACGUUGCUUUGAAACUGCAGGCCGCUGGGGCGACGUAGAUGCGCUUGCCGAAGCCGGUUAUUGUUACGCCGAGGGGGUUGGCACCAAAAAAGACAUGAAGAAGGCGGCGAAGUUCUACCGCGAGGCCGAAGCCAAGGGCAUGAGCAUGGUUGGCAACAGCUGGAUCUACAAGGAAAAGUACAUGUCAGAUGACGGGCCAGAUACGCGGUCUCGUGGCCGGGGUCGCCAUGCGCAUACGCCCGAGAAAAAGGGGCGCAGCAAAUCACGAACUCGCAGUCUUUUUCAUCGCAAAAAGUCCAAUGCUACUGAAGCAUAG